UUUGUCUUACAGAUAAGUUUAGCGCUAUUUUCAUUAGAUUACGUAAAUUUAAAAACUGAUUGACUCAUCGGCUUAAGUUUAUCUUAUGAUUGUUACAGAAAUUUUAUUUGCCGUAGAGCUGAGUCCGUAUAAAACUACUUCAAAGCACAAUUCACUCUUUUUCUACAGAAUAUAUUUUUUUUUCGCCACAUAUUGCAAAGACUAAUCCACAUGUUCGUUAACCUGCGCAUGACGUUUUUUCUAUCUCCACGAUUUUCUAAAACGGGAUCUAGUCUAUAUAUAACACUGUAUUAUCUCCUUCGUAGUGUCUACUAACAUGACAGCUAUUAUAAAAUGCACCUUUCAGGAAACGGAUGGUUCUUGAAGCACCACGUACUCUUUUCAGAUAAUCGCGCAAAGUUUUCCGCUUGUAAAAUUUCUGCGUAAAUCCCUUUUUUCUUCCAUGGAUAUACAAAGUGACGCAAGCGCAAAUCAUGUCGAUGACGAGCAUGAAGCCUUGCUACUGUCAGUACAUAUCAAUCACUCGUACUGCGAUAAUGGAGAGUUCUUCUCGAUAUCUUAAUGUUCAUCACAAGUCUGAACCGUACAAUCAGAAUUAUGAGAAUGAUCUUCGAAACAAUUUGCAAUUAAAUGUCUGGAUCAUGAAAAUAAUCGGCACGUGGCCGCUGACGCAUUCCUCGAUUGAGAUGCUGUGGUAUAGGGUGCUAAAUGUAAUCUGCUACAUAUUGUUGGCUUUACUCUUAAUUCCCAGUGGCAUAUACAUCGUCCUGGAGAUCAAGGAUUUCUACAAUCAAUUGAAGCUUGGUAGCGCUCUUACAUUCUUCUUCAUGGCCGUAUUGAAAUACUGCGCUUUGCUUUUGCGCGAGAAUGACAUUCGCAAAUGUGUCGAUUAUAUUAAGAGUGACUGGAGAAACGUGAGAUACACGGAUGAAAGAAGAAUCAUGCUGCAGAACGCAAACUUUGGUCGUCGACUGGUUGUCAUCUGCAGCGUCCUCAUGUAUGGCGGCGUCACGUUCUAUUUCGUGGCGGUGCCACUGACUCGCGCGAAGAUCAAAGAGGAGGAUACCAAUCUCACUUAUCGCAGGCUGGUGUUCCCAGUGCCCAGUGUGAUUGUCGAUGCUCGUCGUAGUCCAGUUAAUGAGAUUUUUUAUUUCAUUCAGUUAUUUGCCGGCUUUAUCGCCCACAACAUCACGGUGGCCGCGUGUAGCUUGGCAGCUCUUCUUGCAAUGCAUGCACGUGGACAGCUGCAGGUCCUCAUGUCCUGGAUAAACCAUUUAGUUGAUGGUCGGGAAGGCGUCAACGACACCACGAACGAAAGAUUAGCUAAAAUAAUACAAUUACACAUGCGUAUCUUGAACUUCAUAUCUCUAACCGAGGAAUUGUUGCAUGAGAUUUCUUUGGUGGAAGUUGUAGGCUGUACGUUAAAUAUAUGUUUUCUUGGAUAUUAUUGCAUGAUGGAAUGGGAUUUUAAGAAACCUGUGAGCGGCUUAACAUAUUUGAUACUCCUCACUUCGCUUACGUUCAACAUAUUCAUAUUUUGUUACAUAGGCGAACUUGUAACGGAACAGAUUAUAAAAGUACGUGAAAGCUCGUACAUGAUUGACUGGUACCGACUUCCGGAAAGAAAGAGCCUUGCUAUUAUUUUGAUAAUCUGUAUGUCCAAUGCGACUACUAGGCUCACUGCUGGAAAUAUGAUAGAAUUGUCCAUCAGCAGCUUCGGUGAUGUUAUCAAAUCAUCUGUUGCUUAUUUAAACAUGCUACGAACGAAGCUUUCCAUAAUGGAAAGAACAAGUUCUAUCGCAACGAUCCACGAUCAUGAGAAAGAUGUGCAGUUGAGCAUCCAGCUGAAUCGUUGGAUAUUGAAGCCGAUCGGUGUCUGGCCGAAAUUAACUGAAAUUUCACGUAUGGAGAGAUACGCAUACGGACUGGUGAACGUCAUUUGCACUAGUCUAAUAGGUUUCCUCUUCAUACCCUCCGUAAUUUUCAUGUUACUUGAAAUGGAUGAUGCAUAUCGAAAGCGACUGGAAAAAAAAAACACUCUGCAUUCUAAUGAUCGGAUCAUCAUGAUCAGAAAUGCAAAGUUCGGUCGGCGCCUCGUGUCGAUCUGCGCAUUCUUCAUGUAUGGCGGUGCCGUGUUUUACUAUCUUGCUCUGCCUUUUAGUAAAGGCAAGAUUACGGAGAGUGAUGGAAACCUGACAUAUCGGCCUCUGGUGUAUCCAGUCGCCAGUGUGAUCCUCGACGCGCGACAUAGUCCCAUCAGUGAGAUUCUCUUUUGGAUUCAGUGCUUAUCGGGUUUCAUAGCACAUUCCAUUACUGCCGGUGCAUGCAGUUUAGCAGCCGUGUUCGCGAUGCAUGCCUAUGGCCGUCUGGAAGUCUUAAUACAAUGGAUCGAACAUUUAGUGGAUGGUCGGGAAGAUUUUUGCAAUAACGUGGAUGAGAGAUUGGCAAUGAUUGUACAGCAGCACGUUCGAAUCUUACAUUUUAUAUCUCUAACGGACAAAGUAUUGCGUGAAAUAUCUAUCGUGGAAAUUGUAGGGUGUACGUUAAAUAUGUGUUUUCUUGGAUAUUAUUCUCUUACGGAAUGGGAGACAAAAGAGACUACAAGUUACAUAACAUACAUUGUCCUGCUUAUAUCUCUUACAUUCAAUAUUUUUAUUUUUUGUUAUAUCGGUGAACUUGUUGCUGAAAAGUGCAAGAAAAUCGGCGAAGUAUCAUAUAUGAUUGAUUGGCAUCGUCUAUCAGAAAGAAAGAGUCUUGCCCUCGUAUUGAUAAUCGCUAUGUCCAAUUCAUCAAUUAAACUUACCGCUGGAAAUCUCUUCGAAUUGUCUCUCAGUACUUUUGGUGAUGUGAGUAACGCAAUGUCAAUAUCUAUCAGUAUUUAUCGAGAAAUAAUUUAUGUAUCGUUUAUCCAACCAAUAGGUGGUUAAGACAUCUGUUGCUUAUUUAAACAUGCUGCGUACAUUAAC